AGCUAAAGAAUCAGUGCAGUCACUGAGUUGCAAUCAUGAAGCUCACUUUGACAUUGCUGUUUCUCUUUGGUUUUGUUGCCUUCAUUUCUGCUGCUCCACUGGAAGAGACUCAAGAUGAGCCAGUAGCUGAGCAAGAGAAAGAAAAUCCAGAUGCCGUUCWAGAUGAGCCGAACGAGCAAAAUGAUGACGAUGAAGAUGAUCAAGCUGACGAAGAUCAAGAGGAUCCAGAAAGUGACGAAGGUGAACCCGAGACUGACUUGGCAGAAAGUGAAGAAAACCCUGCUGAACAAAACGAUCCACGUCUACGACGACGUUGCCGUUAUGUUUGUUUCCUUGUACGAAAAYUUAGUUGUGGGCGGYGGCRUAYAAGGAGAGUUUGCAAGCGUGUUUGUAGAUUCUGUCGUUGCCGCAGAGUGAAAGUUUGCAGACGUCAUCGUUUUUGCAGAAGACGUUGCAUUCGAACGAGAUACGGUAAAGUAAGGUGCAGGCCUGUUUGCAGGUAUCGUCGAUAUUGCACACGACUUCGUCGAUGUUAUUGUCGACGGGGCUAGAAUUUGUUGGGAAAUAAAAGCGACCAAGAUUGGAACCGACCAUUGUUGACCAUUGUUGACCGGAAACGAACUGCACCUAAAAGCCAACAUAGUCAUUGAUAACAUUAGCGUAAGCAUCUAGAUGAAGCCAAGAAAUAAUGCAAUUGAUUGCUAAUUGAUUUCUCUUGUUAUGAAUUGUGUUUCAGUAAUUGUUAUGUUUUGCCUUUUUUCUAUCAUAACAUGACUUGCACUCAAUAAACAACACCACUGUAUUUCUUAGAAUCUUUUAAAAAGCUUGUUCAAGUAGUUUUCAAUAAAGCUGAUAAACAUUG